AUGGUACACCAAAACCUCCAUUUCAAUUCGACACCAUCGCGCCAACCCAUCGUCGUCGUUCCAUCGCCGUCGGUCCAUCGUCGUCGGUCCAUCAUUGCUCCACACCCUCCCAUUAAUGCACCUUUGUUCUCCACACAAAGUCAAACAAUCACAAAUGUAAUCCCACUAAGCAUUGUGCUUUUCGUCUCUCUUGUCAAGGAGGAUUUUGAAGAUUGGGUUGGGGAUACUGUUAGAGUGAAGCAAGAUGGGUUCUUUCCAGCAGAUUUAUUACUUCUUGCAUCUACAAAUCCUGAUGGCAUUUGCUAUAUCGAGACUGCAAAUCUGGAUGGUGAAACCAAUCUUAAAAUCAGGAAAGCUAUGGAGAAGACAUGGGACUAUAUGACACAAGAGAAAGCCUCAAAUUUCAAAGGCUAA